AAUGACAAAAGAAGUGAGAGAGGGCCAUAUGCGUAUCAGCCACAAAAUCUGUUGAGCAACCCAUUCUCGAAUUCGCCGGAGGAAAAAGAUGGAAACAGCUCUGCUCCGGUACUGCUGCGUCAGUUUUUCCAGUCAUCCUUACCACAAGAAAAUAUCCGCUCACCGCAGAGUCGAUGGCGGUGAGACUCAGAGUCAGAGAGACGAGAGGUGCGCUACUACUACGGCUUUGAGUAGAAGAUCGUUAAUGGCGUCUGGAUUCUCUUUAGUCUCGUCGACGGCUUUAGCGUUUCCAGGGGAAGGAUUAGCUGUCGUGAAACAGGGUCUUCUUGCCGGUAGAGUUCCUGGUCUUUCCGAACCUGAUGAUCAAGGUUGGAGAACAUACCGUAGACCAGACGAGAAGUCAGGAGGACAUGGUGUUGGUUGGAGUCCUAUCAUCCCUUACGCCUUUACGGUUCCUCAAGAUUGGAGUGAGGUACCUGUAUCGAUCGCUGAUCUUGGUGGCACAGAGAUUGACUUGAGAUUUGCUAGUCCUAAAGAAGGCCGCGUGUCUGUUAUCGUAGCUCCUGUUCUAAGAUUUGCAGAUAACCUCGGGGACGAUGUUAAGAUUGAGAAUAUUGGACCACCAGCAAAGGUGAUUAACGCGUUUGGACCGGAAGUGAUCGGAGAAAACGUAGAAGGGAAAGUGUUGAGUUCAAAUGUAGCAGAGCACGAAGGCAGACUCUAUUACCAAUUCGAGCUAGAGCCACCUCAUGUACUGAUCACUGCAACAGCUGCCGGAAACCGCCUUUACUUGUUUAGCGUCACCGGAAACGGGCUUCAAUGGAAGAGAUACUACAAGGAUCUGAAGAGGAUAGCUACUUCGUUCCGUGUUGUCUAGACUCUAGAGGGAUUUUAGUCGAAAGAGUUUUUGAUUCAUCGGAUCUUCAACAGGGUUUUACACAUGAGCUUAUCAAAGACUGACUAAGAACACAAAGAGCGCGGUACAUAAAUGUAUUUGUAAAAAAGUUGAGAAUCGUGUAAUAUUAUUACAGUAAACCAAAUACGACCAGUGUAAUAACAUGUUUGGCAUACGGGUAUUAUUAGUAGAUCAUCAGAAACCAAACAGAAUUCAAUA